AUGACUCCCGAAGUACCCUACACUUACACGCCCAAGCCACCUCCCAAACCAUAUACACAAUCCUCAAAUGAAUUACCUAUUUCCAUUCCAAAAUCAAAACAAGAACAUCCUAUCGAUACCUUGAUUGAAAAUGCAGGAAAGACGUUUGAAGAAUUAUUGCAAAAGGAAAGUCAUGAUGUUGAUGCUGCUGCUGCAGAAUAUCGCAAACGAAGAGGAAGACAUCCACCACCUGGAUUUGAUGCAUGGUUUAAAUUCGCCCAAGAACAUGAUGCAGUUAUGGUAGAGGAUUUCUUUGAUCAAAUCUAUCAUGAUUUAGGUCCAUAUUGGGGAGUGACUCCAGCGAAAAUGAGAACUCAAGCUAGAGAUGCAGGAAUGGUCAUUAGUAUUCGAAAUGGAAAUGCGACGGCCGAAAGUGAUUGGUUUUGGACUCAAAUUUGGUUGCAAUUAAUUAGAACCAUACAAGAAGAUCUACCAGAUAUGGAUAUUCCACUCAAUGCGAUGGAUGAACCGAGAAUGGUUGCGCCAUGGGAGGUGAUCAAUGAGAAUAUGGAGAUUGAAAGAGCUACUAGGAAAUUAACAGAUGUCAAUGAAGUAUCUGAGGAUUAUGGAAGUUUACCGGCUCCACGACACGCUGGUGAUGGAGAGGAAGAUCCACCUAAGAGGGAAUGGGAGGUUUCAGAAGAGUUAUUCCCUCUUUUCGGAGGUUCUAAACUCCCCACCAACAACGAAAUUUUAUUGCCGGCACCAAUGUAUUGGGCAAAAGAAGAAAGAUUUUCAGGUGGUGAUAAUCAUGGAGCACCGUGGCAUCAGAAGUUGAAUAAAGUCAUUUGGAGAGGUGUCGCGACUGGAGGAAGAAACAAGGAAGAUAAUUGGAAAGGGUUUCAACGACAUCGCUUCGUUUCCAUGACGAAUCAUACAUCAGUUUCCCGAGCUGAAUCAUGGGAAGCAAUUCCCCCAAAUUUCGCACUUCCUACUUCCAUCUACAACAUUGGUGCUCAACAAGAAAAUAGACUUGGAGAAUGGGUUAAUGAGUGGUCAGAUACGGGAUUUAUUGAAUUGAUGUGUGAUGAAGAACGAGAAGAUAAAACAUGUCCUUAUACCGAUCCAUACUUUUCCAUUAGAGAAGGCCAAAAAAUGUCUCAACAAUUCAACAACAAAUAUAUUCCCGAUAUCGAUGGAAAUUCUUUCUCAGGACGUUAUCGUGGAUUCUUACUCUCCUCUUCUUUACCCAUUAAAGCAACCAUAUUCCGAGAAUGGCACGACUCGAGACUUAUUCCCUGGAAACAUUUCGUUCCAAUGGAUAAUCGAUAUAUGGAUUUCUAUGGUAUCAUGCAAUAUUUCCUCGGUUAUGAAGGAGAAAAUUUUCGACUGGAAAAUCAUGAUAGAGAAGCUGAGAAGAUUGCAUUAGAUGGCCAGGAAUGGGCGAAUAAAGUUUUGAGGAGGGAAGAUAUGCAAAUUUAUGUGUUGAGAUUGUUGUUGGAAUAUGCGAGAGUUUCCAAUGAUAAUAGAGCCAAUUUGGGAUGGGUUAAAGAUCUUUUGUGA